UCUCCCAUUGGCUGGCAGAGCUAUGCGCUCAGGGCGUGCACUCUGUUUAUCAGACAAAUGUUCAGCAUCCUGACAAAAAGCGACGUUUAUAAAGUGCAGAGUUCGCUGUGAUGGAUUACACCGCCUGAUCUUAUUAACACAACAGAAGAAGAAAACAGCUGAUCUUAUUAACACCACAGAAGAAGAAAACAGCUGAUCUUAUUAACACCACAGAAGAAGAAAACAGCUGAUCUUAUUAACGCCACAGAAGAAGGGGACAGCUGCGCUUAUUAACACCACAGAAGAAGAGGACAGCUGAUCUUAUUGACACCAAAGAAGAAGAAGAGGACAGUCCUAGAACCACUUCCUGUCUGAUGUGAAUCUUUACUAAUGGUCCUGCUGUAAUCUGACAGGUAGACAGACAGCUAAAAAGACAGGUUGAGAUGGGGAACAGUGCUCUGAAGUCUCACCUGGAAACGUCCCAGAAGACUGGGGUUUUCCAGCUGACAUCGAAGGGGCUGCAGGAGUUUCCGGAGGAGCUACAGAGACUCACAGGGAACCUGCGGAUGGUGGAUCUAUCUGGAAAUAAGAUUGAGGUUCUUCCAGCCACCAUCGGAAACUUCCUGCAGCUGAAGAGUCUGACCCUGAACUCGAACAGACUAACCAGCAUCCCCGCUGAGAUCUCUAAGCUGAAGAAGCUGGAGACUCUGAUCCUGAAUGGGAACCGGAUUCAGCAAUUUCCCCCCACCCUGGGCCAGCUCAAAGCUCUGCGGACCCUUAGCCUUUCAGGGAACCAAAUCUCACAGUUUCCCUCUGGACUUGGAACCCUGAGGCAGCUGGACCUGUUGGACCUGUCCCGCAACCAUAUUCAGAACAUCCCUUCAGAGGUGUCAGAGCUGCAGGCCAUUGAGAUAAACCUCAACCAGAAUCAGAUCUCUGUGCUGCCUGCAGAAGUGUCCCGAUGCCCCCGUCUGAAGGUCCUUCGUCUGGAGGAGAACUGUCUGGAGCUGUCCUCCAUCCCUGGGUCCAUCCUGAAGGACUCCCAGGUGUCUCUGUUGUCAGUGGAGGGAAAUCUGUUCGAGGUGAAGCAGCUCAGAGAUCUGGAGGGCUACGAACAGUAUAUGGAGCGUUACACGGCCACCAAGAAGAAGUUUACCUGAUGACUGCAGCGAGUCUGAACCUGAAAGCGGCACACAGUGGCGGAGUCAGUUGAGACUCUGCCCAUGCUGAUGUUUCUUCUUCUGACGUCACUCAGCCAGGACAACAAACCCCGCCUCCUGCAACCACCAUCCCUAAGAUCUCCU